CCCUAAGGAGAUACUCACCAGAACAACAUACAGUAAACCACCCUUCUCUCCCGCUCCUCCCAAAAAAAUCCACCUUUAUUCUCUCUCUCUCUCUCUCUCUCUAGUACCAUGUGGGCACCAUGGUUGAAAUCACCAAGCAGGGUACACAUAGCCAGAGCUCCACGAUCACAGAGAAGUUUUUCCUGCUCAUCCUUCAAAGACAUCCAAAACCUUUGCGAACCCCAACCCGAAUCCGAAGCCCUCAGCCCGCGGAGCUCCUCCAUAUUGCACCGGGUCAAGAUAUCCACGUCAGUCCUUCGCUUGUGGGCCCACCGAAACGCGACCCCACACAGCCCCAAACUACUGGACGGUGACCAGCGCGUCGUAAUCUACUACACCAGCCUUCGUGUCGUGCGCAGGACCUUUGAGGACUGCAAGACCGUCCGAUCAAUCCUCCGCGGGUUCCGCGCCCCGAUCGACGAGCGAGAUCUGUCGAUGGACGCGAAAUUUUUAGACGAGCUGCAGGAGAUUACGGGGAAUAAGACUUUGACUCUGCCAAUGGUUUUCAUUGGCGGGCUGUUCAUUGGUGGGGCCGAAGAGGUGAAGCAGCUCCAUGAGAAUGGUGAACUGAAGAGACUGAUCCAAGGGCUCCCAGUGGUGGACCCCAGAGCUUGUGAUUUUUGUGGAGGGCUCAGAUUUGUUCUCUGUCAAAAAUGUAAUGGAAGCCAUAAGGUCUAUAGUGACAAGGGUGGGUUUAGGCCUUGUACGGUUUGCAACGUCAACGGUUUGAUUAUGUGCCCUUCAUGUUCCCCGCUGCGACGGCGACACAAGGAAGUAUAGCUCUCAAUCCUCCAAUAGAUUAAACUAUAAAACAAAAGAAAAAAGAAAAAACACAGUUAUUAUUUUUCU